GUGGUUGCGAUGGUAGUGGUAGUGGUGGUGUGCUGGAAGAAGCAAGUGUUUCCUCUGGGCUUGCUUGCUGCUACGUUUUGUAGCAAUAUUCUGCCUGUAUAUCUGUUAAGUUUGGCGCAUAAGUGUCAGGCGUUUAAUGAUCUUGCUUAACAAUUGCAUGUUAAUAUUGCACAUUAGCUUGCGAGGUGAACGUAACCUUGUCUGAAAAGCAUCUUUGAACAUAAUUGGAAAUUACGAUGCCAUCCCCGAUGGAGGGAUCUUCCAGAGAAGGUGACCUCUUUACUGUGAAACAUGAGCUGAAAAAUGCCAACCUGACGGGCCAUGUAGAGAGGGUGGGCAUUGAAAACUUUGAGCUACUAAAGGUGCUGGGCACAGGAGCAUACGGCAAGGUGUUCCUGGUGAGGAAAGUGAGUGGUCAUGAUGCUGGGAAGCUGUAUGCCAUGAAGGUUUUGAAGAAGGCCACUAUUGUACAAAAGGCAAAGACUGCUGAACACACACGGACGGAGCGUCAAGUGCUGGAACACAUCCGGCAGUCUCCUUUCCUCGUCACACUUCACUACGCCUUCCAGACGGAUACCAAGCUGCACCUCAUUCUCGAUUAUGUGAAUGGUGGGGAGCUUUUCACACAUUUGGUGCAAAGGGUGCGAUUUAAGGAGCAAGAAGUAGCCUUGUACAGUGGAGAGAUUGUGUUGGCACUAGAACAUCUACACAAGCUUGGGAUUGUCUAUCGGGACCUGAAACUUGAGAAUAUUCUUCUGGAUUCAAGUGGUCAUAUAGUUCUGACAGACUUUGGGCUCAGUAAAGAAUUUGAUCAGAUGGAAAGGGCAUUUUCUGUAUGUGGCACCAUUGAAUACAUGGCUCCAGAAAUUGUGGAAGGCGGAGAGUCUGGACAUGACAAGGCGGUGGACUGGUGGAGCCUCGGCGUGUUGAUGUAUGAGCUUUUGACUGGCGGCUCACCCUUCACCGUUGAUGGAGAUGAGAACUCGCACACAGACAUUGCCAAGAGGAUUUCCAAAAAGGAUCCUCCUUUCCCCAAAGAUAUGGGACCAUUGGCCAAAGACCUCAUCCAGCGGCUCCUCAUCAAAGAUCCAAAGAAGAGAUUGGGCUCAGGUCCUAAUGGUGCAGAGAAUUUAAAAAAACACCCAUUUUACCAGAAAAUUAACUGGGAGGAUUUGGCCGCUAAGAAGGUGCCUGCCCCGUUCAAGCCAGUGAUUCGGGAUGAGCUGGAUGUCAGCAACUUCGCAGAAGAGUUCACAGAGAUGGACCCCACCUACUCUCCUGCAGCUCUGCCUCAGAACUGUGACCGCAUCUUCCAGGGCUACUCUUUCAUGGCCCCCUCCAUCCUAUUUAAGAGGAAUGUGGUGAUGGACGACCCUGUCCAGCUGUGUGGGGGCUCUGACAGGCCAGGCUCUGCUGCGGUGGCCCGCAGCGCUAUGAUGAAGGACUCUCCUUUCUAUAUGAGUUAUGAGAUGGACCUGAGGGACAGUGUUCUGGGAGAGGGUAGCUUCUCCAUCUGCAGACGGUGCACACACAAGAAGACUGGACAGAAAUAUGCAGUCAAGAUUGUCAGCAAGAGGAUGGAGGCACAGACUCAGCGGGAAAUCGCAGCCCUGAAGCUCUGCGAUGGCCACCCUAACAUUGUCAAGUUACAUGAAAUUUACCACGACCAGCUCCACACGUACCUGGUUCUGGAGCUGCUUGGUGGAGGGGAGCUGCUGGAGAGGAUCCGCCGAAAGCAACAUUUCAGCGAAACAGAGGCCAGCCGCAUCAUGCGAAAACUGGUGUCGGCUGUCAGUCACAUGCACGAUGUAGGAGUGGUGCACAGGGACCUUAAACCGGAGAACCUGCUCUUCACAGACGAGAGUGAGAACUCGGAGAUAAAAAUCAUAGACUUUGGCUUUGCUCGCCUCAAACCACCAGACAAUCAGCUCCUGAAGACUCCCUGCUUCACCCUGCAGUACGCAGCGCCAGAGAUUCUCAAAUAUGACGGCUACGAUGAGUCCUGUGACCUGUGGAGUCUGGGGGUCAUUCUGUACACCAUGCUGUCUGGCCAGGUUCCUUUUCAAUGUCAGGAGAAGAGCCUGACCCACACCAGUGCUGAGGAAAUCAUGAAGAAAAUCAAACAGGGGGACUUCUCUUUUGAAGGCGAGGCCUGGAGAAAUGUGUCCCAGCAGGCCAAGGACCUUAUACAAGAGCUGCUCACGGUGGACCCAAAUAAGAGGAUUAAGAUGUGUGGCCUACGUUACAAUGCCUGGCUCCAGGACGACAGUCAGCUGUCUUCCAACCCGCUCAUGACCCCGGACAUUCUCGGCUCCUCCACUGCCUCCGUCCACACUUACGUCAAAGCUACCUUUAAUGCAUUUAACAAAUGUAAGCGGGAAGGUUUUCGCCUACAGACGGUGGACAAGGCGCCACUAGCCAAGAGGAGGAAGAUGAAAAAGACGAGUACCAGCACAGAGACCCGCAGCAGUUCCAGUGAGAGCACCCAUUCCUCGUCGUCCUCUUCCCAGUCUCAAGAGAAGACUUUUCCAGGGGGCGACACUAACCCGCAGCCCUCCAAAAGCACACCUGUCAGCACACCAGUGGCCCUGGGAACAGACUCUGAGCACCAACCAGCGCAUCCAGCCUUUCACUUCUCAGAAGGACAGUGAGACAGCAAAAUGAAAAGGGAGAAUUAGACAGUUUCAUAAACCGUUGGAUGUCUUGGACCAGUGUAGAGACAGCUCUCUUCUCUUUCUCUCUGUCCCUGGCAGCUCUUUGCCUCUGGCUCAAUUGCAUGGACGUUCGCACGUGUCCAAAACCAAGCAUGCAGCAAGAGCAGCAACCGUCACCUCAAUAUCAAUCAAUCAAUCAAUCAAUCAUCAUUAGCAAUAGCCUAUCCCUUUUCUGUCUCUCUCACUUUCACACGGACUGUUUCAAUCAGGGACUGGACCAGGAAGAAGUUGUCAACGGUGUCCAGAAUGAAAAAGGGCUGCCCUACUGCCCCAAGUCCAGACAGACAGUGGAGAGACAUAUUCGGUCUCGUCAUAAAACAGCUUACUCUGUCUGCUCCAUUUACCUGUCUUUGUAAAUGCCUCCAGGGGUUUUAAAGGGAGAGUCGUAGUGUUUACACCAUGGAUGCUUUGUAUUUUUUUGUCAAAGGGAGAGAAGAAAAGCAAUGUGCCGCAUCGCAAUGUAAAGUCGGUCCACUUCUCUUUUCUGGGAAGUCUCUGCAAGAUGGAGCAGGGUAUUUAUAUGUGAAUUUUACAGACUGCAAUUUAUUUAUGAUAAGCUAUAUUGUUAACUUAUUUAUGGUUCAGACUGAUCUGAAAAGAAAUAAUGGAUACAGUGAGUCUUCAAAAAAAAAAAAGACGUUUUGUGUAUGUGUAUGUUUUUCCCAAUCAGCUAAAAAGACUGUUUUCAUGUGGUCUGAUUGCUGUUUAAACUUCUUUGUAAGUAGGUUACUGAGACACAGUUAAGUAGAUAUGGUAAGACUACUAUAGGCAAGAAGAGAUUAACACCAUUGGCUACUGGUUAAUGGUUUGUCAAAUUUAUGUAACCAAAGUCCUUUGAAUUAUUUAAGGAGUCUGGUGAAUGUUACAAUUGAACUGCAACUGUGUCCAGUGGUCAAAAAAAAUCCUUGUUCAUAAGGGUUAAAGAAGCAAACAUGUGAACAUCUUUUUGUAGGAACAACCAAAUUUGGAUAUAGUGUUCAGCCAAAUCUGUGGCUUUAUUGUUGUAUGGGGAACACUGCUGCCUAUGGGGAUGUGACCCCACAAGAAGCGCUAUAUUUAGACUUAUGUUUCCCUCUGAUGUGGGAGUAUGGUUACUUCAAGGCUCAGCAUUGCUGCUGUUCCACAUUCUCUGAUCCUCAAGUCAGUAUUUAGCCCAGCAGUGGAUUUGCCUUGUGUGGUGCAGGACUUAAUUGUCUCAUUAUCACUACAACCAAUUGGAUUGAGCAGAAUGCCCCAAAUGGAAAAUUCAGAUCAGCUUAGUUCGAGGUGAAUGCGUCAAGAUGCCAACGGGCAGCUUCAAGUGGUUUCCUUUUCAGAUAAAACAAGAUUAUUUUAAAAUGGAAAGAUUUAUGUGCCAAAAAUGCAAUUAAAUCAGGUAAUGGACAGGUGUGAGCUUAUGAUUUAAGGGGUGGUGAUACUUUAGGACAUUUUAAGGCAACAUAGGGCCCCUUGUGUUACUGCCUUAAGUCUUAAACAUACUGCAAAAUGAUCUACCCUUCAUGAUAAAGUUCCUGAGGACAGACCUCAAACAAACACUCUUUUACUUUUGACACCAUCCCUUGCUCUAUUUAACAAGUUGUACUGCAUGACUGAAAUGGUGAUUUUUGCAGUGUUACAGCUCUCACUUUCAGGCAGAUAUCUGGUUAGUAUGAAGUCCCCAGUGCAUGAUGUAAACUGAAGCAUCAACCUCUUCUUUUAAUUUAUUUUUAUUAGCUUUUAUUUGGCAGAUCCUUAAUUGAUUUAAUGUGAGUUUGUUUACUUGCAUAUUUAAAUAUACUUGAUUUAAUUCAGGACUUUGAAUUUUUGCUGUUUUGAGGUAUAUGGAUGUAAACACCAAAACCCUUUUUACAAUAGCCUGAAUAUUGUAAUGUUCCAAUGUUACAAUACUGGUGUUAGCCAGGAUAGUUAGGCAAGUAAAUACCAUGCUCUGUGAAUUGUUUUUUGCAAGUGUGUGUUAGUCUGUUUCCAUGGUAAUAGUUGAAAUACUGUAUUCUGUUGAUGUACAGCAGUAUUUGUGUUCAGUAUGUGAAGCUGCCUGGAAACAGUUUCUCCUGCUAAAUCAGGAUACAAAUCCUUAGUUGGACUACUGUGUGCAUUUAGAUACACUCCCUCAUCUUCUUCCAUUUCAGUGCACUCUGAAUCUGAACCAAAGCAUUAACUUCAAGGUAGCUGCUCUACGCUGCAUGAGAUAUUUCCUUUCAUGCAAAUAUGCAAAGAAAUGCUUCAUAUAUCACGGUUUCUGUUUGUUUUUCUCCAAAUGGUGAAAUAUGUUAGAUGUUACUAGCUUAGGUAAUUUUGUGACCGCGUACAAUGUGUUUCUUCAGAGAUUCUUUUUAGGGUCUAUAAUUUCCAUAUCCAGCACAUUAUCAUGCUCAAAACUAUGCAUUCUCUUUGUUGUUGUGUUGCUUACGCCAUUUCAAAGACCUCAUCAAAUGGGUCUGAACAUAGUGCUUAAAAGGGUGCAUCAUGAUGUACAUAUACUGUACUUUUACCCUCAUAGUGUCAGCCACAAUAGAAAUAGCAAAGCAGGAUCCUCUGCCUGUUUAAAAGGAAUGGAAUCCUUGGAGCUAAACACUACAAAGCUCUUGUCUAACUUAGUUCGCAUGAGUUCCCUGUUGCUGCCUCAUUAAGCCUCUUUUCUUUUGUUUGGGUGUAUUAAUAGCUCAAGUGGAGGAAGAGGAAAAGUGUCCUAUAUUGAGCUCCCCUCUGGGAGCCAGGCUCUAUUAGCUGAUAGUGGGCUGCAGUGCUGUUUGUUCCAAAGAAAAUACCAUACUCCACUCACUGCCUCUGUGGAACCUAGCUCACUUUUCUUUGUAGGGAAAAAAAAUAAGGAACGGGUUUGUUUAGUACCAGUGUCUCUUGGGGCUGAUUUCCAAAGUAGGUUGUCCCCCCUUUGAUGAACAGCUUGUUCAGUGUGCCACUAUGAGAGAGGGAGGGGAUUUGCCAUCCUGUUGUCUUUGAUACAUGUUUUUGUUGAUUCCCUGGGUUUUGAAUGAACGUUCCUUCUCUGCCUACAGUGCUUCCUCUUUUUUGCUUCUCUCUGAAUUGAGGUUGAAAGCUCCCCUACCUGAUAAGCUUUACUGUGUACCUUUUUGCAACAUUAAUUAGAGGGCUGGUAGCUUUAACUGUUUUGUAUAAAUCAGUGACUGCUGUUGUGCAUUGUAGAGUCAAAAGAUUGGACUUUGGAUGUCCCUGUGUGCUUCUAUACUGGUGUCAUGUAUGUGCUUAUGAGUAAGAUGUGGGUCCCCAUACUGUACAUAAAGUACAUCGUGCUUUGAAAGCACAGCUUCUCAGUUAAGGUGCUUUUCUGCAUAUAUUGUCUGUGAAAGUGAUUUUGGUGGUUCAUUUUGGUUAGAUUUUAGUAUGGGAUCAUGUGGAGCUGUCCACGGUGCUGAAGUGGCAAAACCUCUGGUGGUGCUGCAAAAACAAGUGGCUUUCCACAAUGACCUGUAAUAAUGUGAUCCCUUUUAAAGCAGUGAUUGCCAACCAGGAAUGCUUGUACCCCAGGGGUUACUUUUGCAGUUGCCGGGGGGGUUACCUAGCUCUUAAAAGGAGGAAAACAAAUUCACAAAUUUGAUUACACAUUGGUAUGAGGAUGAUCUUAAAGGGGAACUCCACCGUUUUCUCCAUCAAAGUCUCUUUACAGGUCUCAGUAAGUACUACUGCAUAUCUGAAAAAAAAUGUUCUAUAAAGCCUUUACAUUUCAGUGGAGUUUAAAAGAAGUGAGCUUACCAGACCUUUAUAGCCUACUGCUCAUCUCUACUUUGCCUGAGGUAGCACAACACACCUGAAUCUCUAUCCCAACUGUUGGUGGUCGAGUUGCAAUGUGGGCACCAGGUUUUGAAAAGAAAGCAAAAUUAAAAAGACAGAUCUCUAGUUCUGCUGCAUUUAUUUAAAUACUUCUUUCAACUGUCGAUGAUCAGUGACAGUGUUAUAGGAGUGCAAUUCAAAUUGGUGACAAAACAAGUCUAAGCAAUAUUAAGUUUUAUGUAGCUAAUAGUGUUAAAUGACAUCCAGAUUUAUAUCAACUUGUGUAGACUGGUAACUUCAAAAUAAAAAGGUUGGGAACCACCGCUGUAACGGUUCGCUUUACAGAAAUUACAAACAUGCCGAGAAUGUCUUCUCUGCUUCUCAGUAGUUUCAAUGUAAAUUGGUGUCAUGGUGAGUGGAUUAUCUAAAGUUGCCCGGGCGUUGUUUCUGGAAAACUUUUAAAUAUUAUUUUUCAAUGCUCACAGUGUUGCAAAAAACCUCUAUCAUAUUUGGGCCGCAGAAGGAAUUUCAUACUUAUGUCACAACCAAAGCUAGAUACCCCUCAUAAGAAGAUACUUUUUUUGGGGAAUUUGAAUCUGUAUCUGUACCCCUUCCAGAGAGGUCGAAGCACGUGUGAAUGAAUGACAUUUUUGUCUUGCUCAAAGACGCUUCAGCAGGUUGGGCGCCUGCCAACAUUGGAACAUCCGAUUUUGAAUUUAGUAGGCUUACUCCACCUAGUAUUGCUCUGUUGUUGACAGAAAAGGUGUCACGAAGAGGUUGCAAGUUAUAAAGGGAUGUCAUUGAGUGCUCAUGCCAAGCUGCCACUUCAGGCAUUAUCAUACUCCUCAUAUCAUAGUCGCAACCACAGCCAUAACCAUGAUGCAUGUGCUACCGCUUCAUUCCUGUCAAUAUUUUUUUUUCUUUUUGAUCAUAUCAUAUUGUUACUGAAGUAUGUCCAAAAAAUGUACUGUAGCAGUGAAUCCCUUUUGAGAUUGGUCAAUAUUAAACUGUUUCAAAACACGAAGUCAAGCUUUAAGGGCAAAACUUGCACUUGUAUGUUCUUUUUAAUCAUGCAAUUUAUUUUAUUUUUUUGUAAAAGGAAAAAGUUUCCUCUGACUUUGUGCCCGUCCAAAUGUUUCAACAUUCAUCUGUCUGUUUGUGUUGAUGGCUGUUGUCCAACAAUUCUAAGUAGUACUAAAAUAGAAAACCUCAACACCGGAUAGUACUUUUACAGCAAGGAUAUACCAUGUGCAUACCUGCUUUUUUAGGGCACUGUGAACAUCAUCACGCAGGGCUUUAGGCCCACCAUGAGGAAAAACCUUGAUUUGCGUCAAUAAAUGCUUUACUUGCUGGCUGAAUACAUCUGUACAUUUAAUAACCUGAUACCAGUCAUGAUGAGUCUUUGAAUAGAUCCUUGAUGUCAUUGUGUUUUCAAGUGUAUUUACAUCAUUACUGAAGGUAUUUUGUGAUACCAGGAUUUGUGUGUAUGAGUUGUCAGAAGGACAUUAAAUGUGCGAUGUUCCUGUUCAUUUAUUGAUCUCUACUAAUAAAAUUAGGUACAAAGCUUU